ACAUUGGAAGAAAGUUGGUCUGAAUUUCAGUUCAGUGGAUUGCUUCGUGGGUCGGUGGGCGAUAGAAAUUUCAACACAAAGGGGCCGUCUUCACUCGGGUGGUGCAACAAGUGUUUCAUUCCGAAUCUGAUUCAUUUUUGUUUGUAAUAAAUUUUCGUUCUUCAAUUUUGUUGGAAUGGCCCGUUACUUCAAAGAGCAAGACAUCGAUGAGUUCCGUGAGUGUUUCUAUCUGUUUGCCCGCAGCGGACACAUCACCACCCUGGACGAGCUGACCGUGAUAAUGCGAUCGCUGGGACUAUCUCCCACAAUCCAGGAGUUGACCUCGUAUCUGAAAAAGAAAAAUGGCCGCAUGAGUUUUGCCGACUUUCUGGAGGUGAUCCACCAGCACUCGCGGGUCGAGAAUCUCCCGGAGGAGGUAAUCGAGGCGUUCAAGGCUGGGGACAAGAGCGGUCGUGGCACCAUUCCGGCCCGGCAGCUGCGCCAUUUGUUGCAGAACUGGGGCGAGGGGUUGUCUUUCAGAGAGGUGGAUAACAUUUUUCGGGAAGCGAAUGUUUCCAGCAAUGGUCAGGUUCGCUAUGCCGAUUUCGUACGGGUUGCUUGUGCUCCUGUUCCGGAUUAUUACUAGUGGACCGAUGAAGAGUUCUUUGAUUCCACAACGCACAUUCCUUAUUUUUCGUACUUUUGUUUUUUUUUUAACAAACACAUAAUUUUAUAGUAUUUAUUUUUUUUUAUCUAGCCCAAGGCAAUGUUUAGGUCAAAACCUCAACUGCAGUUGGCUCUCCAUAACACGAUAUUGAAGCCAACAUCGGGUUGUCGAAUUAUAGAUCACAAAUACAGUUUAAUUGUGGCUCGGAUCUAGGUAGCCAUGAAAACCAACGUUUACUAUGGUUUUUUCAACUCUAUAUCGAGAUACGGAAUAUCAAGUUCUGGAGAGUUGACUGUAAUGUUAAACUGGUACAAUCUGCAUGAGACCCAGUUAAGAAAAUAAUACUGUCAUUCCCGUAGAUUUUGAGUUUAUUUAUUCAAUACAGCUAUGUUCUCAACAGUUCGGGACAAUUUUGAUGAGAACUAGAUCUAGGAAUUGUCGUCGAUUCAGUAUUUGCUUGCUAUAGCUUGGUUGUUAGUUGCAUUUUUUUAAAAGGAAAAAUAAAUCCUUUUUAUAG